AACAAUGCAAGUAAAAUAGGUUCUUGGAGUCCUGUCAUGCCGGUCAAAAUAUGCACGAUUUUUCUCCGAUUGUUCCUGAACGCGUCUAGUUCCGGAAGUGACGCACCGUUGUGUACUGGAACGUUUCCUUUUCACUUUUGGAAGCAGCUUCAGCACGGCCAUCAAAGAUGACUACAGCUGCAAGACCAACAUUUGAGCCGGCGAGAGGGGGUAGAGGAAAAGGAGAAGGGGAUUUGAGUGCUCUUUCUAAGCAGUAUUCCAGUCGGGAUCUUCCAGGUCACACCAAGAUCAAAUACAGGCAGCCUACCCAGGAUGCCCCUGAGGAAGUGCGUGCCCGUGAUUUUCGCCGAGAGCUGGAGGAGAGGGAGCGUGUAGCUGCUCGUGAGAAGACCAGAGAGAGGGGACCAAGAGAGCACACCACAUCAUCUUCUUCAUCAUCAACAUCUUCAAAAAGGCCCAGACUGGAUCAGAUCCCAGCAGCCAACCUUGAUGCCGAUGACCCUCUCACUGAUGAUGACGAAGACGAGAACUCAGAUGAAGAAAGUGAUGAUGACGACACUGCAGCCCUGCUGGCUGAACUUGAAAAAAUUAAGAAAGAGCGAGCUGAAGAGCAAGAACGCAAAGAAAGAGAGCAGAAGGCAGAGGAAGAGAGGAUUCGAAUGGAAAAUAUUUUGAGUGGAAAUCCAUUGAUAAAUUUAGCAGGACAGCAACAGCAGCAGCAGCAACAACAACAACAGAGCCAAACUCAGAACACAUUCAGAGUCAAGAGAAGGUGGGAUGAUGACGUAGUGUUCAAAAACUGCGCCAAAGGAGUGGAUGAGGCGCGGAAAGAGAAACGUUUUGUCAACGACACGCUGCGCUCUGAGUUCCACAAGAAAUUUAUGGAGAAAUAUGUAAAGUAGAGGACUUUGUGUGUGUGUUUCAUUUGAUCUUUUUUAAUUGAAAAUGUUUUAGUUUCAAGCAUUUUAAUUGCAGCUGGCAUUUAUUUACAGUCUAACUAAUUGGAAACCGUACUGUCUGCAGGUCAGUUGCUGUUUGCGUAAAUCAUGAAAGUUUGAAGCACAUUUCAGAAUGUGAUUUCAGUAUUUCUGUCAUGCAUUUUUCAUUAUUUGAAUAAACAUUGACUUUUUUUCCCUUGAA